UACUGCAUCAUAAAAAUGGGCAAAAAAGUUCACAAUGCCAAAGCUCGAAAAAAUCUACAAACGAUUGUAGACAAUUCCGGAGUUAAAAAGAUUCAAAUAGAUGUAGACUCUGUGGCCGGGGGCACGGGCAGGGGUAGCGGAAUCGGUGCUGGCUACGAUGAGGCCAAUGCCUUGGUGCUGCCCUCACAGAAGCGCGCAACCAAGACUGUAGUUGAGAAGACGCAGAAUGUGAAAAUCCUGACUAAGAAGCAGCGCAAGCACCUGCAGGCGAUUGUAGACAAGAAGAAGAAAAAGGAAGGCCGAGCCCAGCUGCUAGAAGACUUGGCAUCUGUACAAAUACCUGACGCUGAGCUCCAGCAGUAUACAUCCAUCACCCAGGUGCAAACGGUGGGUCUGAAGCGCCUGCAAACUCUGGACGACUACUUGGCCAAGAAGAAGGAACGGCAGGCUCAAGCGCAGGCCGAGAAAACACCCAGGAGUCGUGUGAACGCCAUCAAGGGGGCAGCCAAGCGUAAACUGCUUACCGAGGAGCAGGAGGAGCUGGAUGCCAAGCGAAAGAAUCCUAAUAUAAUUAGCUUAAAAGAAGACGACGAAGAUGAGAGUGCCUCUUCGUGUGACGAUGAUGAAUCUGCAGCAGAACAUUCACCAGCACCUGCGGAUGGUCUCACUCUAUCAGAAAUAGACCCCACGACCGUACCAGUGAAAGAAGACCGCAUACCCAAGAACAAAGACCCGAAACCUAUUGCUGCCAUACCCAAAUGCAGCCAUCAAACAGUUUACGUCCCCGUGAAUCGCAUGGAUAAGGUGCAGGAGGCACGUUUGCGCUUGCCUAUCCUCGCAGAGGAGCAGCAGGUGAUGGAGACGAUCAACGAGAAUCCCAUUGUGAUUAUAGCCGGUGCGACGGGCUCGGGAAAAACGACCCAGCUGCCGCAGUUCCUUUACGAGGCAGGAUACGCCCAGCACAAGAUUAUCGGGGUAACCGAGCCGCGGCGAGUGGCUGCCAUAGCCAUGUCAAAGCGUGUGGCUCACGAGAUGAAUCUGUCGGAGCGCGAGGUAUCCUACCUCAUACGUUUCGAGGGCAACGUGAGUCCGGCCACUCGCAUAAAGUUCAUGACGGACGGCGUCCUGAUGAAGGAAAUCGAGAGCGACUUUCUGCUAAACAAAUAUUCUGUGAUUAUUCUGGACGAGGCGCACGAGCGCAGUAUCUACACGGAUAUCCUCGUGGGACUGCUGUCCCGCAUAGUUCCCCUGCGACACAAGCGCGGAAGUCCCCUCAAGCUCAUAAUCAUGUCUGCCACGCUCCGCGUCACCGACUUCACAGAGAAUACGCGGCUGUUCAAGCAGCCCCCGCCGCUGAUCAAUGUAGAGUGCCGCCAGUUUCCCGUCACCAUCCACUUCCAGAAGCGCACCCCCGACGACUACGUGGCCGAGGCAUACCGCAAGGCACUGAAGAUACACAACCAGCUGCCUGAGGGCGGGAUCCUCAUCUUCGUGACUGGCCAGCAAGAGGUCAAUCAGCUCGUGCGCAAGCUACGUCGAACUUUUCCCUGUCGUCCCACAGACCAAAACGGCGAUCGCGAUCACGACUCUGAUACCGUGAAGCACAAUGAAGCAAAGGAGAAUAUGCAAAAAGAAUCUGCAGAGGACCUUAAGGAGCUGGAACUUGAAUUUGAUAUGAAGCGUGUGAUCCGCAAUAUCCGCAAGUCCAAGAAGAAGUUCCUCGCUCAGAUGUCCCUACCAAAGAUCAACCUGGACGACUACAAGCUGCCCGGCGACGACACCGAAGCGGACAUGCACGAUCAGGGGGACUCGGAUCCCAAUUGGGAUGACGAAGAGGGUGCAUUUUCCGCAGAUGACCAGAAUGAUGAUGACGUACUGGGAGGCGCAGAGGUGUCCAGCAUGCCCUCUGGCCCGAAGCAGCCACUCUGGGUGCUGCCCCUUUACUCGCUGCUCUCCUCCGAGAAGCAGAACCGAAUCUUCCAGCCCGUCCCCGAGGGCUGUCGCCUGUGCGUGGUCAGCACCAAUGUGGCUGAGACCUCGUUGACCAUUCCCCACAUCAAAUACGUCGUAGACUGCGGCCGCCAAAAGACGCGACUCUACGACAAGCUCACCGGCGUCAGCGCCUUCGUGGUCACCUACACGUCCAAGGCCUCGGCGGAACAGCGGGCUGGUAGGGCGGGCCGCAUCAGCGCUGGCCACUGCUACCGCCUGUACUCCAGCUCUGUGUACGAGCACCAGUUCAUGGAGUUCGGCAUGCCGGAUAUCCAGCAGAAGCCCGUCGAUGACCUGAUGCUGCAGAUGCGCACCAUGGGCAUCGACCGCGUCGUCCACUUCCCCUUCCCCACGCCGCCGGAGCAAAUCCAGCUGCAAGCCGCCGAGCAGCGUCUCACGAUCCUGGGCGCCCUGCAGGCCACGCCCAACGACGCCAAGGAUUUCCCUCCGGCCGUGACUCCGCUGGGGAAGGUUAUCUCCCGCUUCCCGGUGGCACCUCGCUUCGGCAAGAUGUUGGCCCUGUCUCAUCAGCAGGACCUGCUGCCCUACACCGUGUGCCUGGUGGCCGCGCUUUCUGUGCAGGAGCUGCUGCAGGAGACAGGUGUGCAGCGGACCGAGGACGUGGCCCCCAAAGCCAACAAGUUCCACGAAAAGCGCCUGCGUUGGGCGGCGGGCGGCAAUUUCCAGCUGCUCGGUGAUCCCAUGGUCCUCCUCCGAGCUGUGGGGGCGGCAGAGUAUGCCGGCUCUAGGGCCCAGCUGCCUGAGUUCUGUGUUAACAAUGGACUGCGCCAAAAGGCGAUCAGCGAGGUGCGCAAGCUACGCGUCCAGCUGACCAACGAGAUAAAUCUGAACGUCAGCGGGGUGGAGCUGAGCGUGGAUCCCCAGUUAAAGCCGCCCAGCGAUUCACAGGCCCGAUUAUUGCGCCAGAUAUUGCUGGCUGGUAUGGGCGAUCGAGUGGCGCGCAAGGUGCCGUUGGCUGAGAUCGCCGACAAAGAGGAACGGCGACGACUAAAGUACGCCUAUAACUGCGCCGACAUGGUCGAUCCCGCCUUCCUGCACGCCUCCUCGGUGCUCAAGCAGAAGACGCCCGAGUGGAUCAUCUAUCAGGAGGCGUACGAGCUGCGGAAUGAUGACUCUGAGAAGAUGUUCUUGCGCGGCAUUACCGCCAUUGAGCCGGAGUGGCUGCUCCUCUAUGUCCCUCUUCUGUGCAAUAUGCGUGAUGUGCGCGACGAUCCGCCGCCGCGCUUCGAAGCCUCGUCGGGCAAGCUCCUCUGCUUUGUGGAAGCCACGUUCGGCAAGGCUGGCUGGCCACUUCCUCUAUGCGAGAUAGCAAUGCCACUCAGCGAGAAGGCCUGCUGCUACUUUGGCAUGUUCCUGCUGGCUGGAGACAUCUGUCCCCGGCUGGCGGCGUUCAAGCGGAAGCUGAGGGUCACACCCGCCACACUCAUCAAGAGCUGGUCGAACCUCAACGACAAGGUGCUGCGCUUCAAGCGCGCCCUCAUCAGCAAGGAGAUCCACACCCGCCAGGCCCUGCACGAGCAGUGGGCCAGCGAGCCGAACUUCCUGCUGGAGGAGUACCACGGCUUGCUGUACGACGUGGCCCUGAGCGAGCUGACAUCCCUGUGGCCACCCCUGCCCCAGCUCCAGCCCCAGCCCCUGCCAAUGUCCUAAAAACACACGAAAUGGGACUUUUGUAUAACAAGUUUCAUUAUAUUUAUUUAAUUGAUAUACCAUAUAUAUAUGUAUGUAUAUACUCUUGUGUAUAUUAUACAUUAAUAUGAAAUUAGGUUUAAAUGUAACUAAAAACUGUAUUGUGGUCACAAGGGGGGAAGCCGGGGUAGGAAUUGGAAUAUUGUGGGAAAAUGUUAAGGUUUUGUUAGCGACUAAGUUUAAUGCAAUUCGCACAUAUUUACACACACAUUUAUAUAUAUAUGUAUGUAUAUAUAUUCCUGUCUGUUUGUUUUUUUGUGUGUGCGCAAGAGAUUUGGCUAUUUGAUUAUGGUUGGUUAUUCACAUCUAUGUAUCUUUCAUAUCCAUCCAUAUGAUACGGAUCGGAUAUCAAAUACUGAAUAUCCAUCGAUCAAUUCAGAAUUUGGCUUACAAACGUUAACUUUGUUCGCUUUGCUACAGUCCUUACUAUUAUUUACAGGUGGCGUCUCUUCACAUAUCUUUAUUUGGGAUUGGGAUUAGGAUUUGUUUGGGAUCUUGCUUGGUGCUUGGUAUUGCUGUGCACAAAGCUCUGCCCUAGUUAAUGAUACAUAUGUACACAUAUAAUAUAGGUAGAUAUACACAGAAGUGCUCAUUCUUCCAUUGGCUAGUAUAAUUUAAUUCGUAAUUGUAAUCAAUCGCGUUACCCAUCCUCCAAUCAGUAAUCAUCAGUAGGUAUCAUGCUCAAGUUUUGCUUCGAAUAGGCUUAUGUUUGCUAUAGAUUUAACGUAUAUAUACUUUGUCAUUGCAUUGCAUUAUUAUAUACAGAUGUUGAACAAUGCUGCGUUUAUAGUAAGUAUGAGCAUACACCGCCAUCCGCCGUUCUAUUCUCCAGAAGGAGUCUCCGGCUAGAUGAGGGUUGAUAUGAGUUGAGCCCAGAUCGUGAUGCGGAUGUGGAUGGGAUCUGGGCCCAGUGAAACUCUCGAGGGUUCUGGUCACACAUGUAUGCACGCACACACAAGCACACACACAUAUGCGCGUAUAUAGUAAUACGUUGCUUAGAUAUACACAUACUAUAUUAUAUAUACAUCUACAUAUGUGUGUGUAGAAAAAAUCAGUCUAAUAUAUUAAGGCAACGUGAGAGCUUAUCGUGUCGUCAUUCAUUCCACUUUCUCCUGUACUCCUAUGCUACUACCUUCUCCUGUUUCUCCUGUCCCAUCAACGCUUACUUACACCUAGGAGUUGUGUGUGUGUAUCAUACGCAUACGUUUGUAUGCGGUUUUGUAACUCGAAUCCCUUCCUUCCUGUUCUGCUCUGCUCCAUCUGUGUGCUCAGUGGUUUCCUUAGUUUGCAUCUUCUCGCUAAGUUGAUGUUCAAUUUAUUUUAUAUAUGGUUUUCCAUAUUAUAGAUCUUCUGCCUAUUUUGGUAUGUUUUGUGUGCGGAUGUAUGUUGGUGGAGUGGAUUGUGGGGUGGUGGAGGGGUGGAUGGGUGAAUUUGGGUUCUUUAACUUUAAGCUUUAAAUUAUAGGUACGCAUAUUAUACAUACACACAUUUACGUAUGCAUGCAUAUACAUAUGUAUGGAUUACAUAUAUAUAUAUAUAUAUAAAUUCUUUGUUUAGGUUUGCUUAAUAUCUGCACGAAUAUUGGCUAGCAGGGGGAGAAGAACAACAAAAAAUACAUGUGAGAAGCAUUUGGUUUUGGGUUAUAACAAUUAUUAGUUAGAUAUUUCUUAGAAACUUAGAAACAGGUAUAGAGCUUCGUCCUCUGCCUUUGCUUCUGCCUCUGCCCCUUCCAUCCUCACCCGGAUUUGCGCCCUUUAAUUGUGGUUGCUAUUUGUAUGUAUGUAUGCAUGCAUGUAUAUUCAAUAUAGUAUAUGUAUAUGUUUAGUCUGAUCUAUAACGUGUACUGUAAUACUAAAAAUGUAAUUGUUUGUUGGUAUUUCUUUAGAAUUAUCGUAGUUCCUCUUCCUCCUCCACCCUUCUCUUCUCCUAUAAAAUCUUAAUAAUUUCUAUUAUAUUCAUAUUGUAAAUUUGUUUCUUUAUAUACAUAUACAUAUAUAGUGUAUUAUAUAUGGUAUAUGGGAUCAGCAUAUCUAGGGUUAAUAGAGAUGGUGAAAAAGCUAAUCAAACCUUUGUAUAUACACACAGGAUACAGAUACAGACACAUGCCCAGAACCUUCGUGCAAGGAAAGCGCUGAGCUGAUAUAACAAAUCUCUCUCUGUCCCUAAUCUAAUCCUAUCUACAUAUAUAUGUAUCUAUACUAUAUCUAUCUAUAUAGUGGGUAUUUAUACUCAUACGAAUUUAGUAUCUAUAUCCAUGUAUAUAUAUAUAUGUCUAUAUAGUCUGGUAUAUAUCAAAUAUGAAUAUAUACAAUCUGAUCUCGAUCGCGAUUUCGAUUUCGAUUUCGAUGACCGGUAACCAAAAUUACACUAAACGCAGUCGUUUUAUAAACUUUA